AUGGUAUCUACAACUUUCGCCGCGCUCCUCCCCCUCGCCCUUGCGGGCUUCGCCUCGGCGCUGAACAACGGUCUCGCUCGAACCCCACAAAUGGGCUGGAACACCUGGAACACCUUUGCGUGCAACAUCAGCCAGGACACCAUCCUUUCCGCCGCGCGUGCCAUCAAGGCCGAGCGUCUCGAUCAGUACGGCUACAACUACGUUGUGAUCGACGACUGCUGGCAGGCUGACCAGCGUGAUCCUGGCACCAACAUUCUGCAGGCGAACAAAGAAAAGUUCCCAAACGGCCUCAAGGGCGUUGUUGACGAGAUCAAGUCUCUCGGCCUCAAGGCGGGUAUCUACUCGUCUGCUGGAGUUCAGACGUGCGGGCGCCACAUCGGCUCUCUCGGCUACGAAGACGUCGAUGCCCAGUCCUGGUCCAACGACGGCUUUGAGUAUCUCAAGUACGACAACUGCUUCAAUCAGGGUCAGCAGGGAACACCAAAGCUCUCCUUCGAUCGAUACAACGCAAUGUCCCAGGCGCUUAACAAGACCACCGGCGAUCCCAUUCUGUAUUCGAUGUGCAACUGGGGCGAGGACUGGCCUUGGUUGUUCGCCACAGAGAUUGCCAACUCGUGGCGCAUCUCUGGCGACAUCUACCCGUCGUUCAACCGCGAUGAUGACAGGUGUCCUUGCACGGACAUUACGACGUGCAACCUGCAGGGCUUCCACUGCAGCAUCGCUAAGAUCCUUGACUUUGCCGCAUCUUUGGGCCAAAAGGCCUACCCAGGCGCAUGGAACGAUCUGGACAUGCUCGAAGUGGGCAACCGCGGGUUGUCGCUCGACGAAAGCCUCGUCCACUUCUCCAUGUGGGCCAUGGUUAAGAGCCCUCUGAUUCUCGGAAACGAUCUGACGAAGAUGACCAAUCAGACUCGCGCGAUCAUCAAGAACAAACACGUCAUUGACAUCUCCCAGGACCCCACGGGGUCUCCCGCCGUGAGACUGUGGAAGAAGCCCGAGGACGACGGCAAUACCCAGCUGUGGAAGAUCCAGCUGUCCAAUGGCACCUACGCGGUUGCGGCGAUCAACGUCUCGGAGUCGCCCAAGAACGUCACGAUCAGCAUGGACAAUGUGUUCUACGACGAGUACCUCUCGGGUGAAGACCUGCAAGACGAGGCGUGGAACGUGUACGACCUGUGGAGGGGGAUCGAUUUCAGCAAGGAUCCCACAGAACCGGCCAGCAUGUCGACGAUGAAGGUCGGCGGCGGACCGUUCAGCUGCAAGCUCCCCGAGGUGACAGUGCCCAAACACGGAAUUAAGCUGUACAAGCUCACGCCUGCUACUGGCAACAGCGGUAGCGCGCAGAAGAGGUCCAAGGACGGACUCGACAAGGCGACGCGAGAGUUUGACGAGAUCAGGCCCAGCCGUAUCAUGGGCUCGCAGGCGUUCGCCAUCUAA